UGAAAACAUUGCGUGAUGACGUACAACGGCGCAUGUCAUUGUCGGCCUCUUUCCACUCUGUCACUACACGCCGCCGAGAUGGCAGGAGGUGUGCGGAAAAAGUCUCCUGGUUCCCCGUCCCCACUGUGGGGAAAACUUCACACCUUGUGGCAGGACAAACAUUUGGUUCUGUUCAAGACGGAAUACACGUUACUGGUCGUUUCAGUUUUGUGGUUCCUGGAGAUCGGGAUCAAUGUGUGGGUCAUACAGAAAGUAGCCUACACUGAGAUCGACUGGAAAGCUUACAUGGAUGAAGUAGAGGGAGUCAUCAAUGGUACCUACGACUACACCGAGCUUAAAGGAGACACCGGCCCCUUGGUGUACCCGGCUGGCUUUGUCUACAUCUUUACGGCUCUCUACUACAUCACCAGCCGUGGGGUGAACAUCCGUCUGGCCCAGUACCUUUUUGCUGCUUUUUACCUCAUCACACUGCUGCUCGUCUUCAGGAUUUACAACCGCACUAAGAAGGUUCCUCCCUAUGUGUUCUUCUUUGUGUGCUGUGCUUCUUAUCGGAUCCACUCCAUCUUUGUGUUGCGUCUCUUUAAUGAUCCAGUGGCCAUGAUGCUGCUGUUUGCAGCUGUCAACCUCUUCAUGGAUGGAUCCUGGACUCUGGGCUGUGGCAUUUACAGUUUAGCAGUGUCUGUGAAAAUGAAUGUGCUCCUUUUUGCUCCGGGACUACUUUUCCUCCUUCUGUCUGAGUUUGGUCUAAUCAGGACAAUCCCCAAACUUUCUCUGUGUGCGGGCAUACAGCUUUUGCUGGGUCUUCCUUUCCUCCUGGAGAAUCCCGUGGGUUAUAUAAGCCGGGCGUUUGAUCUUGGCCGUCAGUUUAUGUUUAAGUGGACGGUCAACUGGCGCUUCCUGCCAGAAUGGUUCUUCUUGAAUCGGUACUUCCACUUACUCCUGCUGGCUGCCCACCUGCUCACCCUGCUGCUCUUUGCUCUCCGCCGUUGGAAGAGGCCAGGAGAAAGCAUCUUCGAACUCCUCAAGGAGCCAAGCAAGAGGAAAACCCCUGCUCAGAAAAACACUGUUGAUCAGAUGGUGCUGAUUCUCUUCAUUUCUAACUUCAUUGGCAUGUGCUUCAGUCGUUCAUUGCACUACCAAUUCUACGUCUGGUACUUCCACACGCUGCCUUACCUGCUCUGGAGUGGAGGAGUCAAGAAGCUGGCCCACCUGCUCAGGGUCCUGAUCCUGGGUCUGAUCGAGCUUUCAUGGAACACCUACCCUUCUACUAACAGCAGCUCAGCCGCCCUCCACGUCUGUCACCUCAUCAUCCUCCUGUGUCUGUGGCUGGCUCCGCCGCUGCCUUCAGCCCCAGCAGCAACACAAGAACACAUACCCGUCAAGGACAAAAGCCAGUGAGCCACAGCAUGAUUGGACCGGACGUUGUAUUUUAGUCUAAUCAGCUGCCAAACAGCCUCCAUCACCCACCUCUCUUUGAUCCUCACAACACCGGUGCAGAGGGAGGUCACUGGGAUAGACUUGUUUUUAUGAGUGAAUUCAAGGAGCCAUUUAAUGCUUCUCAUCUCAGCUCACUGCUAAAAGGGAAGGAAGCUAAUGUGUGUGGGUGGAGUAUGCAGACAGAUACCUACCUUGCAGUUGAAGCAAUAAAAAGAGAAAGAAAAUAUGGAUUCUCAGGUUAUGCUAUUUUUGAAAGCAUUUGUUACAUCUUAUACAGCUAUAUUUCUCUAUUUGCCCAUAUUUCAACUGGCCUAAUAAUUUUCCCUUGCUUGAUAUUGAUAUUUUCAAAAACGAAUUUAUUGGUGCACAAAGUAUCUUGUACAUUGUGUUAAGAAGGCAGUAUAUUAAGGAAUAUCAUUAAUAUGAUACAGAACUUGAACGCAGCACCAAAAGCUUUAAAUAAUUGCACAUUUGGCAAUUAUCACUUUAAUUUCCACUUGUCCAGUAGGUGCAUUAUUCUCCAAUACAAGGCCAAAUAUAUUUUCCAGUAGUAAGUGUAAUUUUACACAAAUGUGUAAAACCAAGCUGCAGACAAUCAUGGCUAUUUUUCUGAUUUGUUACAUAAUUCAUUCAUCUUCUGUUGUGAGUGGCUCAAUAUACUCAUAAGCACAAGUUUGCAGUAGACUGAGACAGCAAAAGUGUGACAUUUUAUAUUAAACAGAGAUGCCACUUAA